CCCCAUGAAUCUCGGGGUUUCAGCGCUGUGUAAAUUCCCCAGGGAUUCAGUGGAGGUUUGGGAAAAACCAGGCUGUGCUUGUGCAGUGAGUCGGGGCUGGCAGCGCCCGGCGAGGGCAAAAGGAACGUCGGGGUGUUCCUCCGCGCAGGGGGUGUAUUAAACCCGCUCCUCCAAGUCUUGUUCUGUGAUGGGUAGAGUAAGUUCCUGAAUUUCUAGUGUAAUCAUUGCUUGGGUUAUUUAGGACACGCUAUAAAAUUGAGUUAAUUCCCUCCUUGCGUGAGUGCGUUACCGGGGGGGUCCAGUGCCGUAGGCAAACACCAGGGUCCUCCGAGGUGCUGGAGUCCUGGAAAAUGGAUUUUUAUUUGAGAAUGAUUAUUACAAACAGGACAAUUUAUCCUUCUGAAACGCUGUUGUGUGUACUCAGCGACGACUCUUACGUGCUUGUUCAACAGGAUUAAAAUUGCUUGGUAAGGGACUACUUAAUUCAAAAGCCAAUUAGCCAGAUGCUGCUGUACAGCGUGAAUUAUGCUCCAGGUGGGCGGGAGGCGGCAGCUGGGGACAGCCCACCGUGCCGCCGGCCCGGGAUACCGCACCCGCCAUGCUAAAAACCCUCCCAGGAAGCAGAUUUAUUUAUUUAUUCUUCAGAACUCCGGGUUUCUCAGCAAAAGCAUCUUCCAAAGACUAAUAAAAAUAUAAAUCCAGACAAAUUUCUCACUGUUUACCUUCUUUUCCUUCAAAUAGGGAGCUAUCGAGUUCCGAAAGUUUACUGAAAUAACCUGUCUAGACGGAGCAGGAACAGCAUGGCGAGCUAACGCGGCGGGUGGGGGAUUUAGAAGUCCUUUCCUUUCUGACUUGCUGUCUGUAAGAUUUCCAAUGUUUUCCUUCUAUCUGAAUUAGAUGGAAUAUACCGAUAUUUGCGCAUUUAACAAUAACGCACGUUUCCAGCGCGAUUUGGAAAGGUUUUGUCGUCGGCUGCACGCUGGCAGCUCUGGGAGGAGUUUGGCUGCUCGGUCUGUAGCAGGAGGGAGUUGGGUUUCUGCGGGUUAUAUUGCUCCCCCGUCAGUUCUGUUAUAACUACAAUAUUUUAUUUUAAUCCUGCAGGUAGAUUUCUUGACAUUUUUGUAUCGAUGCUUUACCGUUUCUAUAGACGCGUCCUUCGCGCCAUAUCAGCCUUAUAUUGCCCUUAUCUGAAGGAGCUCGCCGCCUGUAAUGAGUUUAUUUGAACUUGAGUUAACCUUUGCUAUUUUACCAGUCUUGAAAUUUCCACUUGGGUUUUAAAAACGCUUGUGUGUUUUACAGCCCUCUCGCGCCGAUCUGUUUAAGGUUCCCAGCUAACAGCCGCGUCGAAGUUUCCAGCCGAUCUGCCGUGAGAGGCGCCGAGUUAAAGGCAGGUCCCGCAGCAGCCCGAACCCCGAUUCGGGCGUGAGCCGGAGCUGCUUUUGGCUCUCUGGCUCUGGGUUCUUACCACGGGGUCUGUCGGGUACAAUAUUAAUUGCAUCAUCACGGCGUAAAGAUUUGCCGUUCUGUACUCGUCAGACACAUCCGUGGGGUUUUGUUUCCAGUCCGUUAUUUUAUUACUUUUGUGCUCAGAAAUUCGGCUUGCCAAAGAGUAAUUCAGAACCUGUUGUAUGUUGUUUGUUUUCCCCCCAAGACUUAAUUACUCUUUAUUUUCUCCUUUGAAGUGGGUAAAACUAUAUUUCUUGGGCGAUGAGGUGCAGCGUUUCGCAGGCUUUUUGAGAUUUCCUGGUAACUUCUUUACUGGCAACUUAUAGUUUUUACAGCUUGUUCCUAGACUUUGUCUGAAGUGUUCCUGCAGUUAUUUGCUGUUCGGGGACGUACAGGCAGAGGCAGUUUUUAAGUGUUCCUUUGUUUCGUGAAUUAAGUUGGAGACAACUUGAGGGAGUUCACAUAAAGUACUGUCAAGCGUGACGUUACAGGCUUUUGUCAGUACCUGUGUGUUUCCAGGCUCCCUCCGGAUUAAAGCGUGCUCGACUUUAUUUAAAAAAUUAAAAUAUAAAGAGGACUGUAAGCAUUGUUGUGGGUUUGUGGGUUGUUUUUUUUUGUUUGUUUUUAAAACUCUGAGCAAUAUAUUCCAGAGAUAUUAGGGUCUGGUAUCGUAAGUCAGUGCGUGAGCACUUUCCUUCUCUGCAACCCAGCGUUAUCUUAAAUCGCAGGAGGCUCCGGGUAGGUGCCUGCAGAGCGCUUCCUGGUCGCGGGCACAAAGCAGUCAGGCGGGGAAGUGAAACUUGGGUGUAAUCGUGCAAACCAAAGCACUUCGGCCUCGCUAGCGCGGCCGGCGCAGCUCAGAGCUCGACCUGCCGGCAGUCUCCCGGCGCCGAGCUCGGGGACCGCUCACAUCCCGAUACGGCAGCUUAAUCCUUCGCUAAACUCUCCAGCUUCUGUAUUUUUGAGCAGAGUUUCAAACGCCACGAUUGUUAUGAGGUGGAAUUUAGUGCCUUGAGGCAUCGAAACGAAUGAAGGCAUUUAAUUCGGAGAGCUGAAGGCGGCGAGGCAGGAGUUUGUAACCACCUCCCCUUUUGGGACCCUGUUUGCAGAACCUGAAAAGACCGAUACCAACGGCUGCAGUCAGGCUUCGUGACAAGAAGUUGCUUUUCAGAGGAAGGAGCUGUAGUGCUCUGCUGGCCUGUCAGCAGAUUUCUGACAACUCCAGACCCCGUUUGCCCUCGCAGCUGGGAUUUUGCCAUCCCGAACCAGAUAUCUGCCGUUCCCGCGUUGAUACAAGGCGGUCUGUGAAUUGCGGCUGCCAGCUACGUUGCUCAAGGGCGAGGACUCUGGUUUCCCCCCUCCUGUAUAGCUGGACAUUAGAGCAAACACGCCGAGAUGUCUAAAAAGCAAAAUACAAAAGAUCCGUCUGGGUUUAUUUUUGAUGUGCAGUCCAAUACUGUGAUGGCCCAAGGAGGAACCUUUGAAAACAUGAAGGAGAAGAUCAGCGCGGUGCGUGCAAUAGUCCCCAACAGGAGCAACAACGAGAUUGUCCUCGUGCUGCAGCACUUUGACAACUGUGUGGACAAGACGGUGCAAGCCUUUAUGGAAGGCAAUGCCAGUGAAGUACUGAAAGAAUGGACUGUAACAGGCAAAAAAAAGAACAAGAAGAAGAAAACCAAACCGAAACCGCAAGCUGACUCGAGCCCUGGCCUCCCAGACCCCGGUAAAUUGGUGUCCACUGAAGAGGAGCAGUCGGCCAACUCGGAGAAGGGUGGAAUUAACGGUUUCCAUGUCAACGGCUGCGCCCACGACACAGAGUCUGUGGACUCGCUCAGCGAAGGUUUGGAUGCACUUUCAAUUGAUGCCAGAGAGCUGGAGGAUUGCGAGUCUGCGGCACCGGACAUGCCUGAUAGAACAGCAGUGCCUGAACUAGCGAACGGAAUAGCAGACUUUGACACAAAAUCGCUCAUCAUGCAUCCUUCCCAGAGCCCUUCGUCUCUUAGACAGCGGCCUGAGCAGAGGAGCGCUAGCAGGUCUCUGUCCAGAACAGCAGCGAGCAGUUCAAUUCCUGCGUCCCUGUCUGUAACGCGGCUGGAAGAUGUUCCCGUUUCACCUGCAAACAAGAAGCUAGGUUCUAAUAUUGAAAAAUCGGUGAAGGAUCUCCAGCGCUGCACCGUUUCGCUGGCUCGGUACCGGGUCGUGGUGAAGGAGGAAAUGGAUGCUUCCAUUAAGAAGAUGAAGCAGGUCUUUGCUGAACUGCAGAGUAGCCUUAUGGAUCGCGAGGUGGCGUUGCUGGCUGAAAUGGACAAAGUGAAAGCAGAAGCAAUGGAAAUUCUGGUGAGCCGCCAGAAGAAGGCAGAGGCCCUGAAGAAGAUGACUGAUGUGGCAGUGCGAAUGUCGGAGGAGCAGCUGGUCGAGCUCAGAGCCGACAUAAAGCACUUUGUGAGCGAACGGAAGUACGACGAGGACCUGGGCCGGGUGGCGCGGUUCACCUGCGACCUCGACGCGCUGAAGAAGAGCAUCGCCUCGUUCGGGCAAGUUUCCCACCCAAAGAACAGCUACUCCACCCGAUCGCGGUGCAGCUCCGUCACGGCCGCCUCCCUGAGCGGUCCCAGCGCAACCUCUGCUCCCUCCACCCCGGCGUGUGCCUCUGCCUCCGCUGCAAGCCUUACCACGGCGAGCAAGAAGCCCUCGGCGGAGGCAGCUGCGGGGAAUGCCACCGGCCGCCCGCCCCAGCCUUCGCGAGAGGCUUUCCAGGGGAACAGGCGACCGGGAGCGGGGCCCAGGCCCCAGGGCCAGCGCCACGUCAGCCCCCUCGCCCCCGGGCGCUACAACAGCGGCCACCGGCACAGGAACGGGCCCGGCCAGGCCCACGGCCGGCGGCAAACGUCGCCCCUGGCAGCCUCCGCUGGCGGCCCCGGCCACACUCAGCCCACGGGCACCAGCGGCGCCUCGGCACAGCCGGGCCGGCCCGGCCCCCCUCCCUCCGGCACAGAGACCAAGGGGCUCCCGCAGCGUAAGCCCCGAGCCAGUCGCCAGGAGGGAGCGAACUCCUGAGAGCCGCCGGCUCUCCCUUCCUGCCACCCGUCCCACGGGAGAACCAGACUGUAGGAAGCUCCUAGCUAGGCUACUAACGAAGGAAAGUUUACACUUCUCACUUCUUGUGCCAUUUUCUUUUCUCUCUUCCCUUCCUCCCCCCCACCCUCGUCUGCUUUGUGUUCUCAGGCCGGCGCCGCUCCCUCGCAGCGGGGUCAGGCCGCGUCGCUCUCCCCCUUUUCCUUUCCCCUCCAGAAAUCGCCUUUUCUCCGCGAAAUCGCUGGCAGCGCUGGCCCAAGCCCAGCCCGGAGUGUCUUUUUCUUCCGUGCGCCAACACCUGGGCCUCUCCUGGGAGGAGCGGCCCCUGACACCCCCUCCCUUGCGCUGGCAGCGAGGGCGGGUGCUGGGACGCGGGGCCUGGGGAGAGCCGGGGGGGCUGUGGGGGUCGCCGCGACGCGGGGCCGCUUCGUCCACACACUUGGCUGUUCUCUGGUUUGGGGGGGGUGGGGUGGGGUUGGAUCUCUUCUAUUUUAUUCACUUCUUGCCCUGCCUUCCCCCCACGUCUCCACCUGCUCUUUGUCCCUAAAUUAAAUUUAUAGCAAUAUCAAUUAGCAGAGCUAAUCCUGGGAGCCACCGGGGGCAGAGCGCGACGGUCACCCUUUAUUCGCACAGCUAGAAAGGCGGCGUUCAUGGGGGACAGCGCUGUCUGUGCCUCGCCGCCACCGCAGCUCCCCGCUCCAGCCCUCGAGAGGCUGGGGGGGCCUGGGGGGCUCCAGCCUUUGCCCCCCCCGCCCCCCCGUCAUUUUUCAUGCUGUUUUUUUUUUCCCCCCCUCUUUAACCAAAGUUCUCCUGAGUCCGUGGAGUGAAUUAAAUAAACGAAACCCAACUUUGAGCUUUAAAA